CAAACAAAAACAAGGAUAUCCGGUGAAACCGGAAAUCCGACUCGCUUCCAUGGAGGAGUAAUGGCUGUGUACUGCUACAAAUCCUGGCGUGCGGCAAAUGUCAUGUGUGAAAACAGUCUGAAUUCCGUCGCUGACACGAGUCUCUUUAAUGUUUAGCGCUGUGAAUUAACGUGAAAUGACGUGUUUUCAUCUCGUGUUGAAUCUCUUAUCCUCAGCCUGACGUCAGUUUUCUUUUUCUGCUGUUAGCCACUUGUUAGCCUGUUAGCUGCUAAGCCGAGACGACGAGCCACCUGUCAGCCGGCGCUGCUCGCUCUGAAGGCGGUUCAUGGCAGAGGAAUAGGAGCUGAAGCCAACGGUGAUUGUGUUUUGAGAGGGUUUUUUUUCCUGAAGCGAUUACACCGGGAUUCCGGCGUCUAAAUGCCCGAGCAAGGCCCCAGGAUGAACGGGUUUUCUAUCGGUGAGCUGUGCUGGCUCUUCUGUUGUCCGCCCUGUCCCAGCCGCAUCGCGGCUAAGCUAGCUUUCCUCCCGCCGGAGCCCACAUACUCUGUGCACAGCGACGCUAACGGCGUCACCAGCUUGCAUUUAACCGAGCGGGCGGACUGGCAAUACUCACAGCGGGAGCUCGACGCCGUGGAGGUGUUCACCACCCGGAGCACCCGCGGUAACCGGAUAGGCUGCAUGUUCGUGCGCUGCGCCCCCAACAGCCGCUACACGCUGCUGUUCUCCCACGGCAACGCCGUGGACCUGGGGCAGAUGUGCAGCUUCUACAUCGGCCUCGGCUCCAGGAUCAACUGCAACGUCUUCUCCUACGAUUACUCAGGCUACGGAGUGAGCACCGGGAAACCGUCCGAGAAGAACCUGUACGCGGACAUCGAAGCGGCCUGGCAGGUCCUGAGGAACAAGUACGGUGUAACACCUGAGAACAUCAUCCUCUAUGGUCAGAGUAUCGGUACUGUGCCCACCAUUGACCUGGCUGCUCGUUAUGAAUGUGCUGCCGUCAUCCUGCACUCACCGCUCAUGUCAGGGCUACGGGUCGCCUUCCCUGACACACGCAAGACCUACUGUUUCGAUGCCUUUCCCAGCAUUGACAAGGUGUCUAAGGUGGCGUCUCCAGUGCUGGUGAUCCACGGCACGGAGGACGAGGUCAUCGACUUCUCUCACGGCCUGGCCAUGUACGAGCGCUGCCCCCGCGCCGUGGAGCCGCUGUGGGUGGAGGGCGCCGGCCACAACGACAUCGAACUGUACGCCCAGUACCUGGAGAGACUCAAGCAGUUCAUCUCCCUGGAGCUUCCCUCUUCCUGAGGGACGCUCGGUCUCCAGGCCUGCGUUCAUCUCAACACACUCCGGAAGCCGCCGCCGCCGCCUCCUCCUCAUCAUCUCCUAGAUUCCUUUGUUUGGCAGAGGGACAGAGCUGGAGUCUCCUCGUCGCUCUGUGCUCCCUCUGUCCUCGGAGCACUUUCAGGGUGGAGACGUGUGACGCGCUGGGGUUUUUUUUUGGUUGUUGAGGUGCCAGCUUCACCGUGUAGCGGCUGCUGAGCCCGGGCCUCGACCCUGUUUGCACUCGCCGCUCCGCCUGGAUUCAUUUCACCACUCCCAUCCCUCUCUUUUCUCCGUCUCUCUCACUGUGAGCAUCACUGUGUCUCAUGUCCUCUCUUUCUUCCCCUCUGCGUCUCCUCUGACUGAGAGUAACCGACUUCAAGCUUGAUUCAUUUUUUUUGUAUUCUUUUAUACCAGGUAAAGAAGUAUGGAUUUUUUGCACCUCCAAAUAAAUUGAAGUUUUGUACUUUUUAUGUACGUUUUAGUUGCCAUUCAGGGUCCUUUAAACGGUCGCACUUUUAUCGUGCUGACAUUUUUCAGGUAGUUUUUGUUCUUCUUUUCUGUACAUAUGAAUUUGUUUUGUUACCGUCAUUCCACGUUUUCUUUUUUUGAUUUUCUUGAUCACUAUUAGAUUUCUUUUGUAGCGAGAGUGUCGUAAAGAGCUGUUAACCAGAUUAUUGCUUCCCGCACGUCUGGUCCUGGUCGCUGUGAUCUCUAUUAUCCUGGUGUGUGCUACGCUAACGUAGAGGUGGAAGUUAGCACUGAAUGUCAUUUGAGGAAAAUGUAUACCAUGCCUUGUUUCGUGGCAAACAAACACACACACACACACACUUGAACACCUCUUAAAUUUCUCUUUCUACCUGUUGGUGUGAACGAGAGCUGUCACGUUUGAACAACUAACAUUUGACGCGCUAUUCUUUCGAUGAUGAUCGGAUAUUCCCCAUGUCCGACAAAACACGCAAACACGACGUUAUUCGCGAUUAUUCGUACACGUAUCAGUCACGUGGCGUUGAGAACUCGGCCUCACCUCACUCUCUUGGACCUAACUUUAAUCGAAAAGGUGACUCUGCCAAUGUGUCCGUUACUUUGCCGCCUAUUUGUAAAAAAACAAAACAAAAUACAGCUCAACAACAUUGUCGUCUCAUUUUUCUAAUGGUUUCAAAGAGGUUUCAAGGCGAAGAUAUGCUCACGGCGCCCUCUGCUGGACCACUUCAUACUGUCCAAUGCACUUCUAGGCUGUAGUUGAACAGAUAUCCAGCAAAAAGAGUGACAGCCCUCGUCUAAAUUGAAUUAAUCCUGUGGUGUGUCGUAGUAUUGCACCUCCACGUAAACUAAUGGGCGUCUGUAGAGAUCAGCAGAAAUCUACCCUGGUUGUUUUUCUUCUCCACUACCGGAGUGUUUCUGCGUCGAGUCGAGAUCUUGGAAACUCUCUGGUUUUGCUGCUUGUGUUGAGAACGGUUCCCCUGCGACAGCUGGUGCUCUGGCACCGCUCCCUCCGUCCUCCUCCACUAAUGUUUCUAAUGAAGGAUUCACUGGAGCUUCAGUGUCGGCUGGAACCGGCGCGAGCCGCUCUGUGACUUGGUGAUUUUUCAUUCGGCAAAUUAAUGACGGCGCAGAUUGUUGCCUGUUGUUGCCUCGUCUGAAGUCACUGACUUGACUGUUUGUCAUUUAGCUGAAGCGAGGGCUGGGCAGUGAUUCAACGACACAUGUUGCCAUGGCGUUUACUUCUCUAUCAACAAAGGUGGAACAUGGGGAAUCAACAACUUAACCACGCCCCCAGUGUGGCGUCCUGCAAUGUUGUGGUUUUAGCCGUUGUAGCACAACAAAACGUUAGCUACUGCUAACCUGAACCUGCUGCCAACUAAAAGUAACCACGGCAACAGGGUGUCCCCAAAAUCCAACUUGCGGUAACGCGAUAAUCGAAUCGUGACCUUACAAUCCAAUCGGGCUGGACGAUUUGUUAAAUCGUGACUCGUAACCUCAUAUCAAUUUAUUUUGUUAAAUGUCUCUUUUUCGUCUAUAGAGUUCAGUGGCAGUUUGAAUGCGUGAUAUGUUGCAUUACUGCCACCUUGUGGAGUUAGAAAAUUCCUGCACUACUCCGUCUGUCCAAUUCUUACGUCUCAUCUUCUGCCGCUAUCUUUUUUUGGAGCUAAAUCUUAAAAUAUCUCGACAUUUUAAUCACGAUAAAUAUCUUUAUCACGAUGAAGCCACUGUUGAAUAAUUAUAUUCAUUGUGUGUGUGUGUGUGUGUGUCACUGAGUCUCUCAGCUGUCGGGUCAUGUCGACGUUUACCUCAGUAGAAGAGAGAACCGCAGGAUUCAACGCUGAUUCCAUCGGGAACUCACUGACUCUGUGCUGUGAAGUGAAGCUAAUGACUCUGAACUCUGACCCCUCCGCGCCGCGUGAAGGUGCUGGAGGUGAACGCGCCGCUGGAUUUUUUUUGGGGUGCGCGUGUGUUUGUUAAUUUAUCAUAAUUUGUCAUUUCAAGCCUUACGUCCGCGCACAUUUCACCCAGACAUUCCUGGACUCUCGUGGGACUGAAAACUGCUGCUAUUCAUCAGAGGAAUCAAUCAGUCGCCGUGCUGUCAGCCUGGUGUUCCUGACCGGCUGCAGGACAGAGUUUCUGUUUCUGACACUGAGCCUUGUGAUGUUUGGAGGAAACCAUGACAUUUCAACCACUUUGUAUUUGAAUGAUUUUUGCUCUUGAAAUGUAAAGACAUUGAAGUGUGGAAACACUAAAGCUGCACUCACACGUGAGCGGUGGUGGCGGCGGCAGAAAUGCUGCUCGGUUACGUUCGCCCGUCUGCUCGCGCCACGUCCGGCACGAGUCGUGGUCGCGAUUCAGCCUCAAACUGUUUAUGAGAGUGAACGUAGUUUUCUCGUUGCGAAGUCGUGAGAUUUCGGCCGGCGUCGAAUGGUAACUCACAGGUCGUUAGCUUGGGCCGCUAGUUAUUAAAUUCAGAGCUGAAGCUCGUGAUCAAGAUCAUUAACUUCAAAUCAACUGAGAGGAACGAGAGGAAGCGAAUUUUCCCAUUGACUUCCAUUAAAACGGUUCUUUUGCAACCAGUGGAGUCGCCCCCUGGUGGCUAACUGCUGACUUUUCAAACUGCAAAGCUCCAUCAACUUUUAUAUUCAGUCUAUGGUUGUCGCUCACAUGCUAUAAUGUCCAAACACAACCCCUUCAUAAGAUUUUUGCCAAGUAGAGUGCACCCUCCCCCAAAAUGGCCGACACCACUUUGCUAUUGCUUUAGCCUCAAUAGCAACGUUUGCUAAGGAGUCGGCCAUGACGGACACUAUUUAGAGCUCAGCGACGACACAGUGGAGGCGUUGACUGAAACGCUUCUCGUUCACUUAGAAUGGGGUCACUGAACUGCAUUGUGGGUAUUGUUGUUGCAUGGCAACUUAAGCGCUAGCUUAAAUCAACGGCAUUAACCAACGUAAUGGUAGGCGGUAAAAUCCAAAGUGCGACACGGACGUUCUCCACGUUUCGUUGUGUCGCCACAGCGUCAAAGGGACCGUUUGUAGGAAUUAGUGACACCUAAUGGUGAGACUGUGAAUUGUAAGAAACCCCUCCUUUUCGCAGUUGUGCUAACGAACUACGUUAUACCAGAAAAGACGUCUGUCUACCUUUUUCGUGCGUGUGUAAUGAGCUCUCGUACAAAUCACACUCGUACAAAGUCCUAAAUGUUGCACACUGGACCUUUAACAACACGAGCAACACUUCCUGUGAAACCGGCCGCCGCGACGGACUCUGUUAGCGCAGCGUCGGUAAAGACGUCGGCCACGCCCACGUGUGAGUGCUCUGUAUAUGAAGUCUGAAUCGCACCAAAAAAAAUGACGUGAACACUUUAAAGAGUACGAUUGUGUUUGAAGGAUGAAUUUCGCAGCUCGUGACGAUCGUGUUUUGCCGUGAAGUGGGUUCGUUUAAACGUUCUGAUUGUGAACGAGCGUCGGCUUCGUGAUUGAGCCUCUCGUCAUCGCGAGUGCGUUUCCUCGAUUUUUCACUCGUUGUUUUGAUACUGACAUUUUUACAAAAGGCUCAAGUUUCCAGGUGAAGCGUGGAUGGAUUUCCCGCCGUCUCUGAAGCCGCCGUUUGUACGAUGAUCGUCUGUAACUUCGAUAUCUUUCUCGAUACAUAUUAGCCCCGCGCUCGUGCGGGGCUCGUUCUCGUUUUGUUGAUUUUUAAAACACUGGAUUCAUGAUAUGCAAAUGAGACGUGGGUGAUGCUCGUAGAGUCUGAUGAUUUUUUUUUUUGUAAUCGUGUACUGACAAAAAAGAAAUGAGCCUUAAAUCUACAUGAAUCAGAUUGUACUACAUGUGAUGGUUGUUGUGUGAAGGCAGCACAAUGUUUUAAUGCUUAUUAUGGAAUAAAGGAUGCAUGGAUACAAGAGAC